AUUUUUACUCUGUCUCUCCCACGACGUUAUUCCUCUUUCCUACAGCGUACAUCAUUAUUACGUUCUAAUGUCAAACUAGGCGAUGACGUCAUUUAGCGACUUCUAGUGACUUUUAGGACAGCCAAUAGCUACUUUCCUUAUUGAGGAGUUGGCAACACUGCCUGCGCGUUAGGAAAUAGCACAGACUGUCAGCCGCUAGCCUAUUCUACGUUUAGUACGUUAUCCAUAUAGUAUAUAAUUUAUGGUAAAUUCUAUGUUAGUCUGUUACCUAGUUGUUAUUUAAUUUUCCCGUUGUUGAUUUGAUAGCAGCUAGCUACAGGAUCUAGUUAUAGUUUGUGUUGCUGGCCUAACGCUAGCAAUCGUUACUGUUGUUCAGUUACACCAGCUCAGAAGAAUAUGCAGCUAUGUUGUCGUUGAUGUUUAUUUAGAGUGUCUGUUUCUGGUUUCUAAGCCCCGAGUUCUCUGUAGUUUGUUAGCUAGCUAUUCCAUUGGCUAACGUUAGACAUUUUAACAUGAAGACGUCAACAGGUGCUGUCGUGAUGCACAUCGUCACUGUUGCUGUAUGCAGCCUAUUGCUGGUUGCUCAAGGGCAGAUAGACGACGAAGAAUGGCUUGAUCCGCAUGAUAUGUUGAACUACGAUGCAAGCUCAAAGACCAUGAGAAAGCCUGCUCAGCCUGCUGAGCUGAACAAUUACCCUAAUGUACCCACCAAAAGAAGGGAAUACAGCCAGGAUUUGGAUCAAAUGGAAGUAAGGGAGUGCAACAACAAAGUGGAAGGCUUACAAAGAGAGAUUGAAGAGUACAAGAAGAAGAUUACACAGGUUGCACAGCAGCCAUCAAGCAACCCAGUGUUCAAGCGAUUCCUCACCAAGCUUCUGAAGGAGAUUGAAAAAGUUGGCCUGCCCACCGAUCUCAAGAACGAUAUCCACUACGACGCCAAAGUGAAACUGUCUCGGCAAGCGGUGACGGAGAUCCGGAAGCUUCUGGAGGGAAUGGACACCUGGAGAACGGGGGCUCUGGAUAAUGCCCUCAGCCAGAUCCUGGUGGAUCUCAAACCACAUGACUACGAGGCCUGGAGAUGGCAUUUUGAGGACACCUUUGGUGUGGAGAUUGACACAGUCAUGAAGGUGUCUGUGUGGGUCUUAAUCAUAGUGGUCAUCAUCUGCAGCGAGCUGUGGUCUACAGUCUCCUGGUUUGUCCAGUUCAAGAGAAUCUUUGCCAUCUGCUUCCUCAUCAGUCUGGUCUGGAAUUGGUUCUAUCUCUACAAGAUUGCCUUUGCUGAGCACCAAAAUAAAAUGGUGAAGAUGGAGGGCGUCGACGCAAAAUGCACUGGAAGGAAGAAAAUUGACUGGUGGGAUAACUUGAAGGAUUGGUACAGAGGUGCCAUGACUCUCCAAGACGAUCCCUGUAAGAUGUACUACGAAGUCCUCAUGGUCAACCCCAUCCUUCUCGUACCACCAACUAAGGCUAUCACUAUGACCAUCACCACCUUCUUCACGGAGCCUCUGAAGCACAUUGGUCAGGGGAUCAGCGAGUUCCUACGAGCCCUCCUCAAGGACCUACCGGUCACCUUGCAGAUCCCUGUGCUCCUCACCAUCGUGUUCUCCAUCCUGGUCUUCAUGUAUGGCAGCGCCCAGGCUGCUAUCCAGCAUGGCAUCACCAGACCGCUGCGUGUCGGUGGGCCCAGGGACCCCUCUCCCCCAGCCUUGGAUCAGCCCAUGCCUGAGGCCCGUCUGAGAGGGACAGACCACAACCCACUGGCAGGGGGGGACGCCCCUCAAUGCUCCCCCUCUCCCCUCUCACGCCGACUAGGACCAGCAGCCAACCAGGGGGCUCAGGACAGGACCUACGUCGGCCAGAGGAGCCCCCCCCACAGGGCGCGAAAGGAACCGACCAGGAGGCACGUGGAGACCCUGAGGAACGGCGACUGGCGGUACAGCGAGGACAAGAUUAUCUCGGAAUGUUGGGACGAUUUCACCGACGCAGUGGAUACCAACCCUCUAACUGUAGAGGGUAAUACCGACAUCCAGGCAGAGAUGCAACAAGAACCAGUUGAAGUUGGAUUCAUAACAGAAGGUAAUGACUCGCAAGAAGCUAAACCCUCUCCAGUGAAAGCUAAAGCCAAACCAAAUGAGGAGGACGUGGCGUCUGACUCUAAAGGGGCAGCUGACAGCAUUGCUGAGCACCAGGAGUAUACUGGAGGUCGCGCCAGCCCAGUGCAUGCCACUCCAACAAGUGGUCACGGGCGCGAGCAACAUGACAAAUUCUUGAAACACGAACCAGAGAGUAAUUUUACGCUUCAGACCCACCCUGCUAACGCAGCCAGUGUAGCAGGUUUCAUUGAUAACGAGAGCGUUUCACUCGCUGCUCAUGCUCAGCCUAAGUAGCACAUCCAGUGUAGCAGGUCUGUUAGGCCAAUACAUUGGCUUCAUUCUAAGCAGUAUGCUAAUGGAUAUUGGAAACUAUGUUUCUGGGUACAGUCAGUAAGCCCCCUGUCCUUGUAUGUUUAAAUGCCAACCACAGCAUUUUACAUGGGAUGAUUCAGAUUCUACAUAAAUUGGUAAAUAGUACCUUCUCUUAAA